AUGUCGCCCUUUGUCUGGCUGUCGUUACUCAACGCGAUCGACAUUUGUCGCGCGAUCAGCGGCAUUGUUUGGAAUGCAAGCAAUCAAACUUUCGUGCCGUUGUUUAGCAUAGGAAGUUUCUCGCGAGCCAAGGACCGGUUCUCGAACAGAUUCAGAUCGAUCGAGUACCAUAAUUUCCGCAAGGAAGUACUGGUCGUCUCUUACUACCAGGAGGGUCGUUCGAAGGAAUCGAACAUCGUGAAUUUCGUGGAUAACGAUACGAGGAUCACUGGUGUCUGCGGUGACAUUUGGACGACUCUUGCCGAUUACUUGAACUUCACUCUAGUGCCGAUCAAGCUGGAGAACAAAAAUUUCGGCAACGAACUGGAAAACGGAACUUUCGACGGCCUCUUGGGUCUCAUCCAGCAAAACCAGUCGCAAAUCAUCCCCAGAGCCGGUGCAUUCGCGAGUCGUUUGAAUUUGGUCGAAUACACCGUCCCUUUGUGGACGAUCAGAUAUCAUCUGUACGUGUUGCCCGAAUGGAAGCACGAUGAAAUCUGGAUGAUUCACUUGUUCUCCAUGGAGCUCUGGUACUGCGUGUUCGUUUCGCUGCUCGCGCUGAGCUUGGCGGGCUACGCUUAUGAGAAAAUCUCAACCAUAACUGCCCGAGAGCCAAUACGGUGUAACCUGCAGGAUCACAUUAUUUACACCAUUGCUAUUGCAUCCUCGCAAGGUUUCGUACCGCCGGAAGUCCACAAAAAAUCUCGAAUAAUAUACAUCUGCACGAGUAUGUUUUCGUGGAUCAUACUCAUAGCCUUCAGCUCGCACGCGAUAUACCUGAUGAUGAACCGUAAGUACGUUCUGCCUUUCGCUGGACUGAAGGAUCUAAUCCAGACUACCAAGUACGAUGUGAUCGCUUUUAACGGGUCGAUGGUUCAUCAAGAUUUUGAGAAUCUCGCAUCGAGGUACUACAAGCACGUGCGUGAUUUUCAAAGAGUAAGUUUCGCACCAGCAGCCAGAGAUCUUUACGAGAAAGUUUGCUUCAGUAAGAAACACAAGUACGCGGCGUUCGAAGCUGCUGAUCGGCACAAUGCAAUUGGCCGACGUAUCUGUCCGAGACUUGUGCCAUCGUGGGAAUCGUAUUUUGAAACUUGGAUCUCGGCGGCGAUUAAGAAGGGAUUUCCGUACAAAAGAAGUUUUGAUGUUGGGAUAUUGAAGAUGAUUGAGUUUGGGUUGAUUGAUGCAUUGAAAGCACGAUGGUUGAAUUGGCAGCAGGAGAGUAAUCGAGAGGCCCCUUUUCAAUCCAUAGAUAUUUCUCAAGUUUACUUGAUAUUUGGAAUAUGGAUGGUAGGAAUAAGUGUGUCUUUUUUCCUUCUUUUUGUUGAGAAUCUACUGAUGUUGAUAAGAAUUCGGUCGAGUAAGAGAAAUGUUAAGCGUAGAUUGCCACCAUUUUCUUAUCAGAACAAAAGUGUUGAAGCGUAGAGAGAAAGGCGUUAUAUCUGUUUUUCAAUAGAUUAUCAAAAUUUAAAUUAGUCUAAUUAAUAUUUAAAAUAACUCUAUGAGAUUAUCAUUAUCCUAUUGUUACAUUCUUAAAAAAAAUUAAUAUCUUUUAUUCAACCAGAAACUUGAAAUAGAAAUUUGCUCAAGUAAUUACCGUAACAGUAUUUUUAAGAUUUAUUGAUAGUAACUUGACGAAUAUUCGCUAAUGACUAAAACUAGCUUGAAAAGGACUUUCCGGUGAAUUAUUAUAGAUAAAAUACUCUUUAACACACGGAACUAUAAUCUACAUUUAAAAAAAUUAAAUGCUUACAUGUUAAUUUUUUGCGUUUAGCAUUCAAAAAUUAACUUACAAUUUUAAAUAAUCGGAAUACUGUUAAGAAGGCAAGUAGAGAAAAAAAUAUGCUGUCGUGCAUUAUACGGUUUUUCAUUUUCAACAGAAAAAUUAUACUUCAUUUUCACACUCAUUCACAAAUGAAACAUGCAGCUGAAAUUUAUAAUCGACAAAGCUAUAUUAAUUGUUAUUCAAAUUAUAGUUGAAUUAACCGUUACCACUAAUUAAACAAGUUGUUAAUGUUGACAUAUCUACUAUAAGUUCUUUUAUCCCUUUAAAAAAAUAUAAUUAUACACUAAUUACUCACAAUAUGAACAUUUAUCUGCUAUACAAAUUUAUAAUUUAAAAACAAUUUUAUUAAUACCAGUCGAAAAUGCAACAACUUUAUAAUAAUCUAAUGCUUGGUAAGUUGAUGCGAUUGUCAUCAUUUGAUCACGAAAAAUUAAUGCAACUUGAUCUU